AUGGAUUUAGAAUUGCCGAGUUUUUCGGAAAAUUCUCCUGGUUUGGAAAAAUCGAAGAGCGGUAAAAUUUUGGCGUCGACGAGUAAAAAAUUGCUGAAAAAAGCGCCAGAGACUUGUGCAAUUUGUUUGGGAAAAGCGACGGGACACCAUUAUGAUGUGAGUUUUUUUUUUUGGAAAAUGAAGAAAAAAAAUUUUAAUUUUGAAGUAUGGAAAAUUAUCUUCUAGGUCGCCUCGUGCAACGGUUGUAAAUCAUUUUUCCGCCGCGUCACAAUCGAGAAACUCCACUACACAUGUAAAUUCGUUGACAAAUGUUUCGAAAAUCUAACACCCGGCGAUCCGCCACCAAAAUGUCGUUCGUGCCGCUUCAAAAAAUGCGUCGAAGCCGGAAUGAACAAUCUCGGAAUACAUUCAGAACUCAAACAAGAGUUGGAGAAAGAGAAAGAGAAAGAGAAGGAAAAGGAACUUCCAGUGGUCAAGAUCGAGAAACCCUUUCAAACUGUAGAAUCUCAAGUGGGCGAUCUGAUUGAUAAGAUGAUUCGACUAGAUGUUCAGACUGUGAAAUUCCGAGAUUGCGCUUUUAAUCCCAACAAAUAUCCAACACUCAAAGAAUGUAUCAAACAAGAGAAUUCGAUUUUGACAGUCGCAGACACUUAUGGGGUGAGUUUUGAACUAAAAAUCUGUAGUCUGAUUCAACAUCAACAACAAAGUUGUACAAGGAUCGAAACUAGAAACGGAUUAUUUUUUCGAAUAAUUCGAAUUCAUCAUUUCAAAAACAGUAGAUCGUUUCAAAAGCCACGUCACAAAAUUUCUGAGAAAACUCUAUUGAUAUCAAAAACUUUCUAAUCCUUGAUAAAGUACAUAAGUCAUGAAUAACUUAUUAGGGAUUAGGAUUAAUAUAUCCACCCACAAAUCUAAUUAAUAAAUCAUAUAUUUUCAGCCAAUGCCAGGAUGGCCACUGAACAAAGAAAUCGUAGAGGAACAAUUCAAAAAACCGCCAGGCCAACGACAUAAUCCAAUAAUGAAGCGAUGGCUGGUCUACGAGCUGCUCACACAGAUCGAGAUAUCGAAAGCCCUUCCGUUUUUCGCAAUACUUUCCGAAGCUGACAGAUAUCAUUUGAUGCAGGAUACAACAUUGAUGGGUGCAAAUUUGACCAAAUCUUUCUAUAGUUUCGAACAGAAGAGUGAUAGUUUAUUGAGGCCGGAUGGUGUACGAUGGUUUGAUUUACCAUUUCCACUUGGUAAUCAUCCACUUCGUGUAGAUAUCGGAAUGCGAUGUUUGAAUGCGAUUCUACGAGUUGGCAUUGAUCGUGUUGAAUUUGUUCUACUCCGCGCGUUAGUUCUCUCGAAUCCAGGUAAGAAUUUUUUUUUAAAAUUCUGUCCUACAACAUUCAAUAUUCCAUUUCCAGCCGUUCCCGAGAUAUCCGAAGAUGCCCGAAAUAUCCUAACCCGUGAACGCCAAAAAUACAACAUCGCACUUCUUCGUUACGUGCUUGCCAAACACGGUGUCAAUGGUCCCGCAAGAUUCGCCAACAUUCUAGGAUUCGUCGACAUUUUGGAGCAUCAACAAAAAGCUCAACGCGAUUUGGGCGUACUUAUCAAUAUAGCCAGACCAAAUAGAUGCAAAAUUCCAAUUUUAGACGAGAUUAUGAAAAAUGUAUAA